AUGCGCUUUGUGUUACUGGUUGACUGGAUUACAAAGCCAUUGACAUUUGCUGACUGUGUUGGUGAUGAGCUUCCUUUAGGAUGGGAAACUGUUUACGAUCAACAGAUUGGAGUUUAUUAUAUGGACCACAUAAAUCAGCUCACACAAAUUGAGGACCCAAGGGAGCAAUGGAGAAGGGAGCAGGAACGCAUGCUAAAAGAAUAUUUAAUAGUUGCCCAGGAGGCACUCAAUGCCAAGAAAGAGAUUUACCAAAUAAAGCAGCAGCGUUUUGAACUAGCCCAGGAAGAAUAUCAACAGUUGCACAAAAUGUGUGAAGAUGACAGUCGUUCUUAUGCUAGCUCAUUCUCUGGAUUUUCAACUAAUACCAAGUAUGACCCAUAUCAGAUUAAAGCAGAAAUAGCCAGCCGUCGUGACAGACUUUCUAGGCUAAAACGAGAACUGGCACAGAUGAAGCAGGAGCUGCAAUAUAAGGAAAAAGGAGUGGAAACUCUGCAAGAGAUUGAUCGUAAGAUGUCAAGUGCUCAUACAAAUUACAGACUGGAUGAAGCGCAAGCUAUAAUGAGUGAGCUUCGAACCAUAAAGAAAGCUAUAUGCACAGGUGAAAAGGAAAGGCAGGACCUUAUGCAGAGCCUGGCCAAGUUAACAGAUGGAUUCAGGAAUAGCUGUUGCAUUACAGAUUCUCUGCAGGAUCUCCAGCACAAUUCGAGUUCACUCAGCGACUCCUGUUUACCUCAACAACACUGCGAUGCUUGUUCUCAGACUGACAUCACUGGAGAGUUUGGGUUUGAUGACAAAACAAGACUUGUAGACAAAGUAAGACUGAACUGGCAAUAUGAAGAGGCCAAGAAAAG